AUGGGGUCUUCGGUGUCCCACUUUCCAGAUCCUGUCAAAAUCGCUGCUUCUCCCGAAACCACCUCCUCCGCCGACAAGUCCGCACCCCUCGCAACACCAGGAGCGCCAACGCCUGAAGCCGAAAAACCCAUGUUUAAUAACUGCUGGAGCUGUCGCGUGCUUUCCGGGCUGGGGCUGAUAGGGGCGGGCGGAUACGUGUACUGGGUGGCCAAGAAGCCCAUGAAGAUGGGAUAUGCACCAGGUCCAGGGAUUAUUGCGCAGAUGACCAUCGGCAUCAGCAUUGCUUGUUGGGGUGUAGUCAUCCUGACGGACCCCAAAGGAAAAGCCUUCCGUGUUGCUUGAAUAUAUCACCAGUGAAUUUGUCGUCAUCUUUUCUGCCUUUCUCCAUAGCAUACAAAGCAAGCAUGGACCUUAUGCAUGGUCCACAUGGAUGUUGAGACAUUUGAGAUCUGCCUAAACUGAAGAGAGAAAUAUGGAUCGUCAUUGACCAUAGAUGUUUGUGACUUUUUCGGGUUCCACAAGUACCAAUAAAUACAUUAGAGGACA